CAAAAAUAUGGAAUGCUGUUUAACUUUUAUCAUUGGAUUCAUUUGUAUAAAUUAUGUUUCUGGCCAAGCAACACAGAAAGUUUGCUGGGAUUCAAAAUGGUACAACGAAUCUGGUGUCCUAGGAAACGGGUCUAAUUAUGAACAUCAGUCGGGAAAGGUAUUAAAUACCAUUUGCCCCGAUGGGCCAGUGAUUGCUGCGCAGUGUAAGGACAGUAAAGACGAAGUAAUUCAGGCGUUCUGGAACGACACCGUAAACAGUUACUAUGCAACAUGUAAUCACGUAAAAGGACUGAUAUGCCAUCCUUACAAUAAUUCAGAAAACGCAACAUGUCCCGAAUUCGCAAUACAGUAUGGUUGUAAUUGCCCUCCGGCAACAACAACCGGAAGAACUCAUAAUGUGAGUAUGCAAGGAUCUGGCACUGGAACCACAACAACAAAAACCGGAACUGGAAAAGAUGGAGGGCCAAGUCAUGAAAAUGGCGGUAGCGGCAAUACUGGUUCCAAGACUUUCGGAAGUGGAGCAGGACUGAGUGCGUCUGGACAGCAAAAUUUUCAUUGCGGAAACAAUGGUCAGCAUUACAGAGCCAGCCAUUUAGUGCUUCUGUUAAGCACCAUGACCCUAAAAGUUCUUUUUUAACUUUACGAUUUGUGAUAUCAAACAACAUGGCGUCUGUUUAAACGGUAUUACUACAUGUCAGAGGCGAAAAUAACAACCGAAAUGUAUAGAACAAAGAACAUACAUUUAAGAAACAGAAAUUUUGAAUUAUCCAAUCGUAAUAAUAAUAUUAACUUCUGCUGCCGAACAACAUAAUUUACAAGUUACAAACAUGUCAGAAAGCAAUAAAUGGUAAUGCGUGAAAACUGUGGUUUUAUUGUUUGGAGCAUAAUGAAGAUAUUCUGCCAUAAUAUAUACAUGAAUGACCUGCUAUUUGGCAAAGGUUCGAAGGACCAAUGACUUUAGAGACAUUUAUAAAUGCCUUUAUAACUUGAACUAUUAUCUUUAGCAUAAAGUUU